AUGUCACCUUACCAGGUUCUAUAUGGUAAGCUUCCUCCUUAUCUCAUUCCUUAUGCAGCGGGGUCGUCAAAGGUAGUUGCGGUUGAGGAGCUAUUGCUGGAACAAGAUAUACUGAUGCGACAACUUAGGGAGAAUCUGGUGGCUGCUUGUGGAAUUGGAGUCAGCGGAUCAGUAUUACCUGAGACUUUUGAGGACGAGCACCCGGUGGAACAACCGUUGAAUGUUUGUGAUGUCAUCCAAGUGAUAAAAGAGAAGUUUCGUGCAGUUUAUCCUGAACACAACCUUGAGGACAAGGUUCUUUUUGAAGCACAGGAGAAUGUUAUGCCCGAAUUAAGCCCGUUAACAAAUGUGGAUGUUGAUCUUAGCCCGUCAGCCAGAGGUCCGGGUCUAGUAAGGAAGUCUGAUAUGGUGGUGGUAAAACCCGUUUGGCAGAAAGAUUGUCGGAUGGCUCAAGAUGAGAUAUCGGUUCCUAUCCGUCUGCAUACUGAUCUCUCCGCUGGAAGCAACACUUGGCUACCAUCGCAUCUUCUACAAUGGCUUCUCCUCUCCCCCUUCCCUCUGUUGCCCCUAAUUUCAAGUUGCUUGUAUCUUCAACUUUUAUAUCGAUAUGUUGACAACCUUUCAAGGGAAUCAAUUCCUAAAAUUUUCAGAGAAAGAAAGAUCAAAAGAAUUGGAAUAAGAAGUGAUGACGUGGCGGAUACUUUUGAGAAAGUGGUGAAGGGUUGCAGCAUGGUUUUGUCAUCACCACGUCUUGUAAUCCCAGCUGCUAUUUAUGGAUUGUGGGGCAUCUCUCAACAUUUUGCAAAUGAUUUUUUUCAGCUUACACCAGCAAUGGUAGGGGUGUUUGCAUAUAAAGCUGCUGCAUUGGUUCAAGUUUACAGAGACAAUGAAGAUCUUCAAUUAAUUUUUCCUGGAAGUGAUGAGGACAUGUUUGACUAAAGCUUUUUGUCAAACUUUAAUUUUUUUUUUUUUUUUUUGACUUUCAAGUUGGAUGCUUCCCAAUGGCU